CAGGACUGCAGCUGGGGCUCCCAGCACUCCCUGCACCCCACUGCUGACUGACCCCCCAGAGGGCCGGGAGCAGCUUCAGUGCGAAGGCCCAGGGCUAGCCCAGGCUCACCGCUUGCUUCCUCCUGCCUCUUGCCCACCCCACUCCCUCAUUCCUGACCCUUCUUCCUCAGGCCUCUCUCCCCUUCAGGCUUCAGCCUCUGACGCCCCACACCUUGGUCCUCCCUCGGGCUCCUCCCUCCUCGCCCCACUAAGCGCACAGCCUCAGGACUUCUCUCCCUCAGCUCCGCUGGCCUGGCUGAAUCCUGGGCUAAGGAUGGAGCGCAGAGGAAAAAGAAGGAAAGUGAGUCCCCACGAUCGGUAUCCAAGCCAGAGGCACAAAAAUGAGCCUUCAGUCAGGAAGAAAGGAAAGGUGAAGUUGAAAAAGGGAAAAAAAACCAAGGACCUACAGGAACUGAAGAAGGAGGUGGUCAUGAACGAUCACAAAUUAACCUUGGAACAGCUGAGCACAAAGUACUCCGUGGACCUAACUCAUGGUCAUAGUCCUGAAAAGGCGGAGGAAAUCUUGAUUCGAGAUGGACCCAAUGCACUUACACCUCCCCGCACCAUUCCAGAAUGGGUCAAAUUCUGUAAACAGCUGUUCACUGGGUUCUCCCUCCUGCUAUGGACGGGUUCCAUUCUCUGCUUCGUGGCCUAUGGUAUCGAGCUGUAUUUCUACGAGAAAACCGCCAAAGAUAAUCUGUACCUGGGCAUUGUUCUGGCUGUCGUCGUGGGCAUCACUGGCUGCUUCUCCUAUUAUCAGGAGGCCAAGAGUUCCAAGAUCAUGGAGUCUUUUAAGAACAUGGUGCCACAGCAAGCCCUGGUAAUUCGAGGAGGAAAGAAGAUGCAAAUUGAUGUACGAGAAGUAGUGGUGGGAGACCUGGUAGAAGUGAAGGCCGGAGACCGAAUCCCCGCUGACCUCCGGCUUAUCUCGGUACAAGGGUGUAAGGUGGACAACUCAUCCUUGACUGGGGAGUCAGAGCCCCAAUCCCGCUCGCCUGAUUUUACCCAUGAGAACCCUCUGGAGACGAGAAAUAUCUGUUUCUUCUCCACCAACUGUGUGGAAGGAACAGCCCGGGGUGUUGUGAUUGCUACAGGAGACUCCACAGUGAUGGGCAGAAUUGCCUCACUGGCAUCAGGCCUGAAACCUGGCAAAACACCCAUUGGUGCUGAGAUUGAAAAAUUCAUCCACUUGAUAACUGGGGUGGCCUUGUUCCUUGGUGUCAUUUUUUUUGGGCUCUCUCUUGCAUUAGGUUAUGGCUGGCUAGAAGCUAUAAUUUUUCUCAUUGGGAUUAUUGUGGCCAACGUACCUGAGGGGCUGCUGGCUACUGUCACCGUGUGCCUGACGCUGACAGCCAAGCGCAUGGCAUUGAAGAACUGUCUGGUGAAGAACCUGGAGGCGGUGGAGACGCUGGGCUCCACGUCCACUAUCUGCUCAGACAAGACGGGCACCCUCACCCAAAACCGCAUGACUGUCGCCCAUUUGUGGUUCGAUGGGACUGUGCACAAUGCCGACACCAGAGAGGAAAAGACCGAGAGAUUCUCCAGGCGGUCUGAAACCUGGUUCAUCCUGGCCCAGAUUGCUGGUCUCUGCAACCGAGCUGACUUUAAAGCUGAACAGGAGAACCUACCCAUAGCUAAGCGGGAAACAACAGGGGAUGCUUCAGAGUCAGCCCUCCUCAAGUUUGUCGAACAGAGUUUCAGAUCUGUGAAGGAGAUGAGAGAGAAAAACCCCAAAGUGGCAGAGAUUCCCUUUAAUUCUACCAACAAGUACCAGAUGUCCAUCCACCGUCAGGAGGGCAGCUCCCAGGGGCAUGUGCUGAUGAUGAAGGGAGCUCCGGAGAGGAUCCUCGAGUUCUGCUCCACCUUCCUCCUGCAUGGGAAGGAGUUCCCAAUGGAUGAUGAAAUGAAGAAAGCCUUCCAGGAUGCCUACUCGGUGCUGGGAGGCCUGGGGGAACGCGUGCUAGGGUUCUGCUUCUUGAAUCUUCCAAGCAGCUUCUCAGCAGGAUUCCCCUUUAACACAGAUGAAAUAAAUUUUCCCAUGAGUAACCUGUGUUUUGUGGGCCUCAUAUCCAUGAUUGACCCUCCCCGUGCUGCUGUGCCUUCCGCUGUGAGCAAGUGUCGUAGUGCGGGGAUUAAGGUGAUCAUGGUAACAGGGGAUCAUCCCAUUACAGCCAAAGCCAUUGCUAAAGGUGUGGGCAUCAUCUCAGAAGGCACUGAGACAGCAGAGGACAUUGCUGCCCGGCGUGGCAUCCCUGUCAGCCAGGUCAAUGUCAAGGAUGCCAAAGCUAUUGUGGUGCAUGGCUCAGAGUUAAAGGAUAUGAACUUACAGCAGCUCAAACAGAUAAUCAAAAACCACACAGAGAUUGUGUUUGCUCGGACCUCGCCUCAGCAGAAGCUCAUCAUUGUGGAGGCCUGUCAGGAGCUGGGAGCCAUUGUGGCGGUGACUGGGGAUGGGGUGAACGACUCCCCUGCAUUGAAGAAGGCUGACAUCGGCAUUGCCAUGGGCAUCACCGGCUCUGACGUCUCUAAGCAGGCAGCCGACAUGAUCCUGCUGGACGACAAUUUCGCCUCCAUUGUCACAGGCGUGGAGGAGGGUCGCCUCAUCUUUGACAACCUGAAGAAAUCCAUUGCAUACACCUUGACCAGCAACAUUCCUGAGAUCACUCCAUUCCUGCUGUUCAUCAUCCUUGGUAUUCCCUUGCCUCUGGGCACCAUCACUAUCCUCUGCAUUGACCUGGGCACGGACAUGGUACCUGCUAUCUCCUUGGCUUACGAGUCCCCAGAAAGUGACAUCAUGCAAAGGCAUCCACGGAACCCAAAGACUGAUAAUCUUGUGAAUCGCCGUCUCAUUGGCAUGGCCUAUGGACAGAUUGGGAUGAUCCAGGCUCUAGCUGGAUUCUUCACUUAUCUCGUGGUCAUGGCUGAGAAUGGCUUUAAGCCUCUUGAUCUGCUGGACAUCCGCCUGAGCUGGGACGAUCCUUUCCUCAAUAACCUGGAGGACAGCUAUGGACAGCAAUGGACCUACGAGCAGCGGAAGGUGGUGGAGUUCACCUGCCACACAGCCUUUUUCAUCAGCAUCGUGGUGGUGCAGUGGGCUGACCUUAUCAUCUGCAAGACCCGCCGUAACUCAGUCUUCCAGCAGGGCAUGAAAAACAAGGUCCUACUCUUUGGGCUCCUGGAGGAAACACUGCUGGCGAUUUUUCUGUCCUACACUCCAGGCAUGGACAAGGCUCUGCGAAUGUACCCACUCAAGAUAACCUGGUGGCUCUGCGCCGUUCCCUACAGCAUUUUUAUCUUCAUCUAUGAUGAAAUCCGGAAACUAAUCAUGCGUAAACGGCCUGGAGGCUGGGUGGAAAGGGAGACAUACUACUAAACUCAGCAGAGGAGCUUCUUGCGACGGGUGCCACAGGAGCCAGGACUAUUUUGACACAACAUCUGAGAGAGCAAAUGAGUUGGGGCAGAGACACUGGACAAAUUGCCUUGGAGGAGAGUGACAGGCAAUCCAGAGGCAGGACUGAGGGUGUCACGGUGGGGAAGUGGGGUGGGUCGAGGGGAAGCCCAGAAGGGAGGGGAUGGUCCUGUUGAAUCCAGUAGCCAGUUGAGAUAAUAAAUAUUUGUAACAGUCUUCACCUGGCUGAAUGCAUCAAUCUGAUUUUUUGAGAGUGGGGAUCUCAAUAUCUUCAUAGCCAAGCAAAGGAAGACUUCCAGGAACCUAAAUGGAAGAUGGGAGAGGAUCCGAAUCAAGCAUCCUUGCCCCCGGAAGGAUCUCAGUGUUACUCUUGAUCUCUUCAGGAGCAAGAGCAAAAUACUCACUCUAAAAAUGCAGCUGGAGCCAGGUAUGGUAGCACAUGCCUGUAAUCCCAGCCCUCAAGAAGCUGAGGCUCAAGUUCAAGUUCAUCCUGAACUACCUAGCAAGACCCUAUCUUAAAAAACAAACAAAACAAAACAAAAGUGCAAUUGGAAUCAGAGAUUUAGAAGAGGGUAAAGAAGGUGAUGACU